AUGUCCGAUUCCUUAUGGUCUUGUGACACUGACGGGUGUCAAAAACCCGGCGUGCGCGUCUUGGGAGAUUGCAUAGUCUGCGACCGCCAUCUUUGUUCAAAGCAUCUUCAACCCGAAUUUCACAAAUGUCCUCCGUGGGAGGAUUCAGUCGCAUAUGUUCCGUUAGAGGAAAUUGCCAGAAAGGAGCAGCUGAUCAAAUUACGGUCAAAAAUCAAUAUACCUGCUCUUGCCCUGCAUGCGUUCACUCUCCGCAAAAAGGCCGUUCGUGCAAUUGGUCCCCUUGAUAUUGACCAUAACGAGCCGAACUCCAUGACGAGGGCCAGGCACUACCAUAUCCCUAUCCAUUUUGCAGACGGAGUCAUAUGGCUUGCUCGGAUUCAGGAACAGCAUGCCAAUGCCCCACCACCUGCAGUGCGGGACCUCAUUUUACAAAAUCAAUAUGCGACUCUCCGAUUUCUGGAGGAACUAGACGUCCAUGCUCCGGGAGUGUUCGGAUAUGGUCUUGAACAAGACACCGAGAAUCGGGUAGGCGUAGGCUACCUUUUGUUGGAAAAGCUGCCUGGAACCGUGUUUAAUUGGUCUAGUGCAACACCGCGCCAAAGGAAGAAGGUCAUGGACCAGGUUGCAGACGUAUACAUCGAAUUAUCCAAAUAUCCUUUUGAUAAGCUUGGCGUGGUGGACCCCCGAUCAGUGGCACUGCUGGACCGCCCAAAUAAUAGUCGUCCUCUGGUUGUUGGAGGAAUAUUUUCUGGGCCCCUCACUACGGAUAUACGUUCGAGAACGAAGGAAGUACGUCCACUAGGUCCGUUUAAUUCGCUGGAUGAGUAUUAUGAACACUACAUUACACGCAUUCACGGAUUGAUCUCUGCCGACCAAUGCUACGCACACUAUGCAGUAGAUGCAUUUCUGGCUCACUUGUUCUUUGAAGAAAUAAGAUCACUCGUGGUUGGCGCGAAUUCCAAAGGUGGUGAUGCCGCGGCUGGUUCUAUUCCUGCCGCUGCAGCGUCGUCAUCGUCAUCGCAGCCAGACAAGAACACAACUCAGGUCGACCCCCAGAAAUUCUAUUUGAAGCACUGGGACGACAGAGGAGAUCAUAUUCUCGUGGAUGAGCAUUUCAACAUUACCGGCAUAAUCGACUGGGAAAAUGCUCAGAUCACCUCGGCUGCAUACGCAUUCAGCUCCCCGCUCGUCUUUCUCCAUGUUGACGAACUCUUUAAUGGUAUCAAUGACCCUGGCAAGCACGAACUUGAUUUUGCUCACAUCCUUGAGAAAAAGGGCAAUAAAGAUCUGGCAGACUUUGUCCGCAACGGCCGGACGCUGAUUCAAUUCAGGCUCCUUGUCGGUUACGAUUUCCGCCGUGAUUUCGAAGGUUUCCUGGGCCUGUUUGAAGGCCUACGAAAGGCUAUCAAUGUCGAUGCGCAUCUCGACUGGGAUGACUGGAAAUCUGCAGCCCUAAUACGCUAUCAGGAUAAGCCUCGCUUUAAGGGCUUAUUGUCCAAAAUACCCCCUCAGAAAACAAGUACAGCUGGUGCGAGUGCGCGUCCUAGCAAGCGGGCCAGAAAGGAGUGAGUUCUUGUAUCUCUAGUUUCCGUUCAUCCUUUUCUUUCCGGUCUCUGUGUGGGUGGGGGUUUUUUCUUUGAUUUCUCUUUAUUCUCAAACAACCCUCUUUCUCUCUCAAGAGUCAAAACUAUUAUAUUCUAUACGCC